AUGGAUGGGCUAGUGGAUCUAGCGGCGAUUGAUGCUUUUCUUGCUUAUCACCACAACAAGGAAAGUGUGGUCAUUGUUGUUUUGGCUGAUGCCUAUUACACGUUCGACCAAAGAUGCGAGAAGAGCAGCGCGAGAAUUUUCUGUUGCAUGCCUGUUCUUUAUGUAUGGCUGGUCUCUCACAUUUUUCACCAUGAAAGUAGGCCCGUCUGUCCCCUACAAGGUCAUCGCAUGUGUGCUGAGAAAGGGAAAGCAAAUUGGGAGCAGCUCUUGGCGGGUAUGGUAGGGUCGUCCGUUAAUUGGUUCCCCCGAUGGAAGGAGGGAGGGGUUGGAGUUCUGUGCUCAUGUGAAGGGUUUCCAAACAUCCCCUUGAUGGGAACGAGGGAUUGUAUCAAUUAUAAUCCCAUGCUUGCCAUAAGACAAAUAGGCUACCCCAUGAGAGGAGCGCCAUCAGAAGAGAGUAUUGUGCCUUUCAUCGCACUAGGUUUCAGUGACCCCAAUGCAAAAAUGCUUCAAAGAGUUCGAAAAUCAUGGAAUGCGGUGCAAAGGAAAGAUAAGGAGCUUAGAGGAAGCAACUAUGGAAUUAUUGGCGGAUACCAUCGAUGGUUGAAGGCUCGGACACAAGGGAUAACUUGGCUCCCAAAGCUAAAGAGUUCAAGUGGGGAAGAGGCUGAAGUCCCUGAGGAGAGUGAAGAAGUGCAAGCAUUGAAAGCGGAACUUGAAAGAAUGCCAGUGGUCAAGGAAAAUUUCAAGAUGACAACCAUUAGGGUCAAAAAAGAGUGUGACAAGCCAAGGGAUGUCAAUGUGGCCACAGCCGAAGCAUUAGAACGAGAAACGAAGAGGGCCCAAAAAAAAGAAUGGGGCCGAAACAAGUUCCGAGGGGCAGCAACAACAAACUCAAGCUUCAAAGGGUUGUUAGUCGUCUUAUACGAAUAA